UUUGCAGACAGCUAGAAAGACAACAGACUUCCUGCUCCAUCACUCUCUGCCCUAUGCCCUGAGACACAGUCUAUCAUCUUGAUGGCAUCUAGAGUCCCCUAGAAAACAGCCUCGGGCACUGGGAAGACCUACGUUGCAAGCAGGCUUCCACAGUUCCGUGCCCUUGGGUCCUGAGCUGCACAAAGGGCGGAAGGAAGGAAGGUGACUGAGGAGGAACACUUGACCCUCUGCUUCCUGGCUCUGGAUUCAAGGUGAGCAGUGGUCUCAAGCUCCAGCUGUCAAGACUCCCACCACAGUGGACCUAGCUGUCCCAACUCCUGCUCCCGGCUGUCACUAUGGAGAUGGCCUUGCAUCUUCUCCUCCUCUUUGGGGGCUUCUGGGCCCAGGUGGUGAGCCAAGAAAAUCUGCCGAAUACGAUGACGAUGUUGCCAUUUACUCCGAAUAGCGAGUCCCCAAGUACCUCUGAAGCCUUGAGUACCUACUCAUCAAUUGCUACAGUGCCAGUGACAGAGGACCCUAAGGAGAGUAUCAGCCCCUGGGGGCAGACCACUGCCCCAGCUUCCUCAAUCCCCUUGGGAACUCCAGAAUUGUCUUCUUUUUUUUUUACAUCAGCUGGUGCCAGCGGGAACACCCCAGUACCUGAGCUUACAACCUCUCAGGAAGUUUCCACCGAGGCAUCAUUAGUACUGUUUCCAAAAUCAUCAGGUGUAGCCAGUGACCCUCCUGUCACUAUAACUAAUCCUGCGACAAGCAGUGCUGUGGCAUCUACCUCUUUAGAAACUUUUAAAGGGACCAGUGCACCUCCUGUCACUGUGACAAGCUCGACCAUGACCAGUGGACCCUUUGUGGCUACAACUGUAAGCUCCGAGACCAGUGGUCCUCCAGUCACUAUGGCUACUGGGUCUCUGGGGCCCUCCAAAGAGACACAUGGACUCUCUGCCACCAUAGCAACCAGUUCUGGUGAGAGUUCUAGUGUGGCCGGUGGCACCCCAGUCUUCAGUACAAAAAUAUCCACAACGUCUACCCCAAAUCCCAUAACCACCGUGCCACCACGCCCAGGAUCGAGUGGCAUGUUGCUGGUUUCCAUGCUCAUUGCCUUGACGGUGGUUUUGGUCCUUGUGGCGCUACUGCUGCUGUGGCGCCAGAGGCAGAAGCGGAGGACUGGGGCCCUGACCCUGAGCAGAGGUGGAAAACGAAAUGGUACGGUGGAUGCCUGGGCUGGGCCAGCUCGGGUUCCUGACGAAGAGGCCACCACCGCAUCAGGGUCAGGGGGCAACAAGAGCUCCGGAGCGCCGGAGACGGAUGGCUCCGGGCAGCGGCCCACGCUCACCACUUUCUUCAGCAGACGGAAGUCUCGCCAGGGCUCGGUAGCACUAGAAGAGCUGAAGCCUGGGACGGGUCCCAACCUGAAGGGGGAGGAAGAGCCUCUGGUAGGCAGUGAGGACGAAGCUGUGGAAACCCCAACUUCUGACGGGCCACAAGCCAAAGAUGGGGCUGCACCUCAAUCCCUAUGAGUAACGGUAUUCAUCUAGUCUGCUCCUUGACCCCAGAUCCUGCUGUCAGCUGCCUCUCACUCUGCAUUUGUGAAUAUUUGUGGGCCAGGUCCAUUCGUUCAUUCAUUAUUCAGCCAUUCAUUCCUCUCCAACCCCCGCUGUUUUCCACCUCCCCUUCCUCUGUGCUCCCUUUGAAUCUCCAGAAGAUAAGCUUAGUUGACCCACAUUUUCCAAGCAUCCCCCUUGGAAUGCUGGGAUCCGACAAGAAGAAUGAAAAUGAUAAGCCAGAAAACUCCGGAGGAGGGGCCCCCUGAGGACUGCCUCUCAACUACCAUUUGCUUUGGGGACAGCUUAGAGCUGGAUGUAGCCAUUCAGUUUGCUCUUGGGUGAACUGUGACCUGUGACUUUUCCCAGAGCACUCCGAUUUUGGGCUGGCCGGUAGCUGCUUGGGGUAGCCUGCCAGAGAUCAGUCACUUCUCCUGGAGGUGGGGAUGGGGAGACUUCCUGGCUCCAUGUGGUCCCUGCACCUGUUUUGUCCACUCGGAAGUAUGGUUUAUGUGCAAGAUAGGACAAUUUAGGCGAUGGCUGUGAACAGUACUGGUGAGUAUAGACCAUGGAGAGAGCAGGGGAGAUGCAAAAGGAGGGGCACGGGAGCUGCCGAGCCCUCAGAUCCCUUCAUUGUGCUCAGACAGGAUAUGGCUGAAAACCUAAGUUUGUCUGUAGUUCCCCAAAAGAAUGCAAACAUGAUGGGGACUAAAUGUCUCCAUACUUGUGCCAUCAAGAAUGAGUUCUUCAGCUUAGCUGCCACAGCCUUUCCUCAAAGGCUCCCUCAGACCAGCACACACCAAGCACCCAUGCAAGAAGGGGAGAAGAAUCAGCCCAAUGCAGGGACUGGGUGGUGCAAAACCACUGCUUUUGAUGAUGCUUUCCCUACAGGCUCAAUUUGUCCGUUUCCUCUGAAGUCCUUCCCAUCUCUGGAAUAAGAAAGAGUUAAAUGAAAGACAGGCUCAGGGGGUGGGACAUGGAUGCCCAAAGGGUCUGAGGUAGAGAGGGGACAGACCACAAUUGUGCUGUUUCUGACUCUGAUACCAGCCCGGCUCGUGGUCCAAAGCUGGUUGCUGGAAGAGCUGUGCAAGGGGAAGUCGUUGAGUCAGAGGACACUGUCCUUGAGAACAGCCUGACCUACAAAAAGAUGUGUGUGUGCGGCUGUGUGGCCUGGGUGGAAAAGGGGAAGGUGGGUAGGAGGGAGGGGACGAGGAGUGGAAAGGGACAAGGAUCAGCUGCCACCACAUCAUCAUCUCCUCCCCAAGUCUGUGGGAAGAGGAAGGGCCAAGAUGGGCACACCUGAGCCAUACCGAACCCAUUUCUUAUAGGCGCAGUGUGGAGCAGCUCUAACAGAUGGCUAGUGAGUUGCAAGUGUCCCUUAAGGAACAUAACAACUGUUGUGGCUGAUUUUUGCCAAACCGAAUGUCCCUAUUUCAGGCUUAGAGGAGAAUGUUACCAAGCUGAGAGGUCAAUGGCUCUACCCAUCAUGUUCCACUGACACUCCUGAGGUAUUACAGGUUUCCAGGUACAGGGAGGAAGACAAGGAAAUGGGGUAGGGAUGGUGGAUGGCACGCAAUAGGACCUCAGCCCUGACAGACAAAAUGUCACAAGAGGCUAGGACAUGAUUGGUAUUCCACCUCCGAAGGAGGACAAGGAAGCUUAAUGUUUGUCCCAGGGUCUUGGCCAUAUCUCUCUUUCUAGUGGCUCCAGUACCUGGCAAGCAGCAAGGACUGAGUGCAUGCUCCGAUGGAUGGAUGGAUGGAUGGAUGGAUGGAUGGAUGGAUGGAUGUUGGAUGGAUGGAUGGAUGGAUGAAUGGACAGAUGGAUAGAUGAGGUAUUGGCAGCUAGCAAGAGAGAAGGCAUUUAACACAAAGAUUAGUAAUGCAAAAAUAUAUAAGUGAGUGGAACAGAGAUCAUGGUGGAUACACACAGCUGUCUUUCAGCUCAGGAGAGCGAGCACCCAGUAAGCAAUAGAAAAGCAAAAAUAGAAGAAGAAAAAGAAGAAAAAAGCAGGCAAACAGAAACAGGGAAAUGUAAAACACAGAGACCGUUUGAACUCCGUCAGUUAUGAAACCAUAGUAAGUGGCUUGUGUUUGUGACAUCCUGGCCUUGUCUUCAGAAAUGUGUAAUGACUUCAGAAAUGCCUGCGGCUGACACGGGGUAGGGAAGUAAAUGAUCUGUAAAUACAUGUGUGUUAUUGCAUUUGUGAUAGCAGCUACAUCCUGAAUGUUUAGUACGGUCCUCCUAAAGGGGAAUUUAAGUGUGAUUUUUUUCACCUAACUUGUCUUUGUUUUACACAAUAAAUGUCUUUACUUUUACAGUUAUGAAAAA